AGAGACACAACUUGAAAAAAUAGCCAAUUCAGCAAUAUGGUAGUAAACCAAAGUAUAAAGAUAUUCAGUGGAUGUCAAAGGGAUAAAUUCAAUGAUUAUUUUGGAAAUAAUGGACCUAAACAAGCUGAAACAAACACAAGCGCCAGUAACACAAAAUGGAAAAUUCAUAGAUAGAAGCCCUAUGACAAUGUUUCUUUGUCAUCGGGUUUUGAAGAAAGGGAGAUUAUACAUAAAUGCAAAACCAAUGCAUCCAUUUGUAAUCAUGAAAUAGACAUAACUGUAAACUGUAAUCAAUAAAUAAAAUAAAAUAAAUGGUAAUACGUACAUGGGAUAUCCAAACCACUUCUUUUUGAAUUGAGCUAGAUAACUCAACUAAGCUUUUGACACUCUUCGAAUGUAUUGAGAUGUACCCGCAGCAUCCUCCUCCACUUGCCCACCCAUUCUCCCCCUCCUCCCCUCUUCACUGUGGGCGUCUUGUCCCUGUGACGUCACGGGAGCAGCAUCAGCUGUUAGCCGUGCGUGUGCGUGUGCCACUGCUUUCAAGCCUUUUCGCUGCCCAUCGCGGCCCCGCAUAAAGGACAAAUAUAUGAGAUCCCCCCCGAUCCCUGAAAUGGCGACACAGGAGGUACAGCUCAACGAGACCCUGGCCCAUCUGAAAACCGAGUCGGAGUCGCUCAAGUCGAAGCUCGAAGAGGAAAGAGCCAAGCUGCACGACGUCGAGCUGCAUCAAGUGGCCGAGAAGGUGGAGGGCCUGGGUCAGUUUGUCAUGAAGACCCGGAGAACUCUGAAGGGACACGGCAACAAAGUUCUGUGCAUGGACUGGUGUAAGGACAAGAGGAGGAUCGUCAGCUCCUCGCAGGAUGGAAAAGUGAUCGUGUGGGAUGCCUUCACUACCAACAAGGAGCACGCCGUGACGAUGCCUUGCACCUGGGUGAUGGCCUGCGCCUAUGCCCCGUCUGGCUGCGCUGUAGCUUGUGGUGGCCUUGACAACAAAUGUUCGGUGUAUCCUCUUUCCCUGGACAAGAACGAGAACUUGGCUGCAAAGAAAAAGUCCGUCGCCAUGCACACAAACUACUUGUCCGCUUGUAGCUUCACCAACUCUGACAUGCAGAUCCUGACUUCCAGCGGAGACGGGACGUGUGCAUUAUGGGAUGUCGAGAGUGGGCAAUUAUUGCAGAGUUUCCAUGGGCACGCGGCGGACGUGCUGUGUCUGGAUCUGGCGCCCUCUGAGACAGGGAACACUUUUGUCUCAGGGGGCUGCGAUAAGAAGGCCAAUGUUUGGGACAUGCGCUCAGGACAGUGCAUCCAGUCUUUUGAAACUCAUGAAUCUGACAUCAAUAGUGUGCGUUACUAUCCCAGUGGAGAUGCAUUUGCAUCUGGCUCAGAUGAUGCUACAUGCCGCCUGUAUGAUUUAAGAGCAGACAGAGAAGUAGCAAUCUAUUCCAAAGAGAGCAUCAUAUUUGGCGUGUCCAGUGUGGAUUUCUCUCUCAGUGGCCGACUUCUUUUUGGUGGCUACAACGACUACACCAUUAACGUCUGGGAUGUUCUCAAAGGAACGCGGGUGUCUAUUCUGUUUGGACACGAGAACCGUGUCAGUACGUUGCGGGUGUCCCCGGAUGGGACGGCCUUCUGCACGGGCUCCUGGGACCACACUCUCCGGAUCUGGGCUUGAGGACUCAAAUACGGACGAACUCAAGUCAGACAGAACAGAAGCCCUGCAGACACAAAGAUCUUUCUGUUUGCUAACGUACAAUCACAGAAAUGGACACUCGUUUUGUGGUUGUACAUAUCAAAAGCAUUGUUUGUACUUUAGUCUC